AGGAAGUAUGACGGAAGUGGCCUGGUCCUGCCGGAAGUGAGGCAGCAAGUGUGACAGAUUCAGCGGUCCCCCUGUUGCUGAUCACGUGUGUAGAAGAGAUUGACCCUGGAGAGGUAAGACAAGGUCCUGAUAUUUCUUUGGUGGUCUGGUUAUCGUCAGUCAGCACAGAUGUUUCGCAAAGCAGCAGUGCAGGUGUUACGACACUCUGCAAGAUUUCAGUCCACGGAUGCGGGUAUCUUGGAAAGGUCCCUGAACAAGGUGCAGAUUCUGGGCCGUGUCGGCCAGGACCCAGUGAUGAGGCAGGGUGAGAGCAAGAACCCCGUCACUAUAUUCUCAGUGGCUACUAAUGAGAUGUGGCGGACAGGUGAAGCCGAGUUGUACAAUACAGGUGGAGGAGACAUCAACCAGAAGACAACUUGGCACCGGAUAUCUGUCUUUCGGCCUGGCCUUCGCGAUGUAGCCUAUCAGUACAUCAAGAAAGGGGCUCGGGUGUUCGUGGAAGGAAAGAUCGAUUAUGGAGAAUACACAGACAAGAACAAUGUGCGCAGACAGGCCACCACCAUCAUAGCAGAUAACAUCAUAUUUCUGAGUGAUACGCGAGAGAAGCCAUGAUGUGUACCUUUGACCCUCUGCCCGCCCCCGUUUGUUGAUCUCUGGUCUUAGCAAAGUGUAUUUCAAUUUAAUGUUAUCUUUGUACUUUCUUCAGGAGAAUAAAACUUAUUUUCUAAGAAA